GGUACCCAGAUUUCCACAGGAGUUAACCAUUUCCUGCGCAGCUAAAUCAAGUCUUACCAGUAGGAAACCGGAACUUGCUAGGACUAAGAAACUUGAGGCUAGGCUGACCCCAUGGUUGUUAUGAUUAGAAAUCCGAGGCCACUGGAAACCCGGAGCUGCUGACAAACGAGUCACAGAGUAACUUCGCCUUCGCAUGGGGAAACGGGUGACUUCCUACGGCCUAGAUAUCGCAGCCAGGGCUAGACCGGUGUUUGUCUUAAGUCAGGACUUGCUUGGGCUGAGAAAAUACAUUUUGGCUAUUCCCCUACUUGGACAGAGGGUGGAAAUCCCAGGCACCGCGAAAUCGAAACUUGCUGGGACCAAGAAGCCAACGACGCGCGAAACCGUGGGGUCCUGCGACAGAGACGCCGGCGGCGCCGCCACAGGACUGCGUUCUGGAGGCCGAGCCGGAACCCGUGCGGCGGCGCUGGGAAGAGACUGUGCCCCUGCAGCUCCCCUGUCACCGGCUCCAAGGAGCGUCGGGCUCCCCCCGCCCAGCCCUGCAGCACCCAUCCGGCAACGCCAGACUCGGCGCAACGGGGGCAGCUGCGACUUUAAAUCUCUCAGAUCCGCGGCCUGAGGGCUGCCGCCACCGAGAAAUGGAGGCACAGAGCUGUGAACAAGAGACCACGGCUCGCCGAAAUGGCGGUGCCAGGAGCCUGAAAGGGAAUGCAGCCGGCGGGGUUGUCAAGGACAACAUUUGUUUUGGCGCAACCAACGGUGCCGUCACCAAGAAACCGUCGACUCUGAGAAAAAAAGAGAAGUUCGGCUACCGAGAAACUCCGUGCAGCAAGUGCUGUGACAGCAAAACCGCCGGCUCCGCGCCGCUGGCGAAAGAGCCAACGGAAACGCCGGGUGCUGCGAUCGCGACGCCGGCACUAGAGGGCCUCGGAUGGAGAAAGCCCCGCACCGAGACGAGGAAACACUGCACAGCACGACUAGCAGUUGACACAGACAGAAAAGUGUCUCGUCUGCUCUCUGGGAGAAAGCGUGGAUCAAAACCAGCAACUCAGUGGAGGGAACCCCGCAGCCACUGAAGAAGUUGCCCACGUGGCGGUGGGGCCAGAGAAACACCGCGAUUUCGACGACAGCCGUAGGGAUACGACAGAGAAACAUGCGCGGCCACAGAAGUACAUCCAGCUCCGCGCAAUCAGUGGUUCUGCGAUCCAGAAACCGCCAGCUGGGCUAGACUAGAAACUUCUAAAAAACUGUCGUCCCAUAGCAGCUUUCCUAACCACGACAGACAGUCGCCUUUAGAGAGCACCUAACGGUGCUGAGACCGGCCUGGGCCAGCAAAAGCGCAGAGCGGUGCCGGUGCCAAGAAACGCCCGACUUGGUGAAACCAACCUUGUGACCACCGAUUCCACUGGCUUCGCAGGACGCAACGGGCGAAGGCGCGGCUGAGAAACCGCAGGCUCCCUUCACCGAUUAUGCUGCGGGCUGGGGAUGGUGGGGGGCACCCGCGAAAUUGUGAAACCAGCGGCGCUGGGACCCAGCGAUCAGCUGCCCGUAGCAAAUGUCUGUGCAGUUGCAAAAGAUAACUUUUGGCGGAAAGAAGGUUGCCGCCAGAGAGCAUCCGAUAACGCUGACAAAGGCGUGGCGUUGCUAGUGAGAAACAGCCGGCGCUGGGAAAGGAACGGUGCAGCGACCGACCAACUGCGCGCUCGGUGCCACCAAAGUGCUACUGGCUCUACCCACUCUGUCCCCCACGGGUUUAGGGAAGUCUGAUGUCUUUUUCUUUUUUCCUCUGUCGCCUAGGCUGGUGCAGUGAUGUCAUCUUGGCUCAGUGCAGCCUCGACUUCCUGGGAUCCGAUCCUCCCGCUUCAGCCUCUAGAGUAGCCGAGACCACAGGUCACCCCUCGCUGCCAGGCUCUCUUCCCGGUCCAGAGCCCACAGGAUCCUACAGGAGGGGCCAACAACUGCUUGCCUUUGAAACUUGAAAUUCUCGGUCUAAGGUUCCUUAGGAGCGUAAAAGGCACAGCGUUUUCUGAUCGCAGCUUCAGGUCUCCCCCGCCUGUCCCGGUACCUCUCCUGCAGGACGGAACUCUGUGGGAACCGCUCGUUGAUUCUGAUGGUUAACUGUCAGAUAUCCUUGAUAUUGGGCAUAGGAUUUGCAAGAGGGCAGGAGAGAAAAAUGAACUGCAAGACUCCAGCACAAGAGGUGGGAUUGCUGGCAGAUGUCUGCUCCCUCUCCAAACCUAAUGAACAUCUCAAAGUGCCAUCCACUUUCCUAUACCCUUGAUCUGUGAAAUGGAUCACUGACGCUUUCUCUGUCUUUCCGGAAAUGCAAAACAGGUGAAUUUUCAAGCGCUUGAAUUGUCUCUCACACUUUUCAGUCAAGAGUGGGGCUAUAAACUCCUUCCUCAUAGGAAAUAAUGAACUGCCACUGCUUGGAAGUAAAACGUAUUUUUCCCAUAAGCUUUCACAUUUCCCCCAAAAAAUUAUACAUCCAGAUGUAAUCCCCCCAAGAGGCUUACAGACCCUACCAGGAGCGUUCCCACGCGAACGCAUCAUCUCCCAAUCGGAUCCUGAAAACACCAUGCAACCAAUUCCAUCCUUUUCUGGAUCAACCUGGGCAGAGGACAGGUGCAGAGGAGCCCAGAGAAGGGCCUUGACAAGUCAGGAGACCCAAUUUGGGGUCGCAAUUGUCACUCACUCCCCAGGCGUUUGCUUUGAUCUUCCCCUCCCACCAUACUACUUCUUCUGCUACCUGGUUUCUCCCUGGUGUUUGAGGAUCCUCCAAUUGCCUUCUGGUCUUACAGACGGGAGAAUAAAGGAAAAAUGGCAUCGUUUCCACCUUAAAA